UAGAAAAAAAAAAGACAUAAUAAUCCGGAACGUCCAUUUCAUUUUGCGCAUUUGCUGUUUGCCGUUUGCUCAUUAUUAAAUUCAAAUCUAACUUGGUUUUUUGGUGCAUUGGACGUUAUAGCUAUGACUCUAUAGCUAUAGAAAAGAGCUCUCACAGUGGUAAUAUCAUAGCCAACUCCAACAGCGUCAAACAGCCCUGAAAAAAUACGGGAGUACUUGCCAAACUUGGGAGGGAUAUUAUUUUUAUUUUAGGUCAACUGCGCACCUGGCAGGUGGGUGACAAGCAGGCGCAAAGCGCAAAGUGCAAACAGUCAAACGCCUGGAUAUUGAAUAUUUAGGAACGCCAUAAAACGCGCGUCUCCACAACAAAAUCCCCUAAAACGUACCUGUUAUACUGCAUCUAUAGUACGUUAUUUAGCGAUUUUACGACAAUCUUAGAACGCGUGAGACUUUGAGGAAUCUGAGGAACCUAUUGCAAUCCAACAAACCCCAAUGCUAGUAUUCGAGCUACAUCGUCAUGGAAACUCAAACACAAUCAGCGCCAGCCCCGAAUGAAUCCGGACCUGAGCCGAGAUCCGGUCCUAGUCCAACUUCUGCACGGCUUCCAUCGCCGGUUCAACCCCCGGUGGAUCUAAUGACCCAUUAUGCAAAUGGCCUUCCUAGGAGUAUCAAUGGCCUCAACGGUAAUGGGGUCAACGGAUCAAGGCCACAAUCACCGGCGAUAGGAUCACCAAGUGUAACUACAUCCGCCCAGCCAUCUGCACCGUCUCAGACAACAGGAACUACCGCGUCGAUACCCACACCCUCGCCAGCAUCUACGCUUCCGCCGAUAGCAGCAGCACCAUCAAAGCUACCAAAUAUCCCUUUGCCUGGGCCGCCUUUAGCUCAAACACCGCCCCAUCAACGGAGUCCUGCGCGCUUCAAGGCCUCAGGGAAUUCAUCUCACAAGGUCUCCAUCGUGGAUCCGCCCGGAACAUAUUCACGGAAAAGCAGCACCCAAUCGCACCCUACCUCACAAGGCUUUCCUUCCCCCAAGAGGGAACAUCACCUAGAGAACCCCAAGUUCGUUGAGGAUCAAUCACGACUUACGCAUGCUAUGCAGCAAUCUGUAUCUUCAGCUGUUAGGAGAGCCGUCCGUGAUAAUUGGCAGAAGUGCUUACUAGGCUCGGAAUUUCAUCAUGCAUUUCUUUUGAAUGCUGUUAUUCAUCAUUCAAACGGGGUUAUCAUCCGAAGGUCUAUUAAGGAUUUUGGUGCCAAGAUGGUGACCGAGUCGAAACAUGAGAUUAUUUCACAUUUCAUGACACCUGAUUUAGACGAAUUAGCCGAUGAGAUAUUACAAAAAGCUAGUGACUACUUUCUUGACUGUGCGUUAGAGAGACGACUAAAAACAAUCGAUGCCCGCUCUCUCAUCAACGCCCUUGCUAGAGCUGAGCGUCUUGGCUAUGAGAACAGUGACGUCAUUGAGGAUCAUAAGGAAGACGGAUCUAACUUCAACCCGACACCAGCACACUUCGACCCGUCCCCUGAUUCAAUAGUCGACCCAGCUUUGAGAUCGCAACAUAGACAAAGCCUUCCAUCGCUGCAGCAAGGACGUAACCUUGCUCCUAUUUUGCAAUGCCCUCUGUGUUGGCGCAAAUUCGAAAACACUCAACCUUAUGAAUAUCACGUCCAGAAACAGGUGUGUACCAAGCAACCACAGAGCAAGGAAGGAUUUCCACUUGCGUGCAAGCAUUGUGGCGCUGGUUUUCUAACCAAAGUUGGUCAGCAAUAUCAUAUCGCCAACCAUGUAUGUGGAGAGCAUGGUACAAUGCCAGCAACCCCCAAAGCACCCACAAAUACUAUAUCACCUAUCACGCUUUCGUCAGGCAAUAAUAGCCCUAUUCAUCCCCCGUCUAACUUACCUCCACCUCGAACCUUCCAUGAGGCUCCCCUUCCCUCUCAGCCCCUCGCAACGCCAAUACAGCCUAAGGGAAGUGCAGCUUCAACACCAGGAUCCCAAAUUAAGGACCACGACCCCUACGCCCACCUCCAUCCUAGUACGUUGGAGCGAUUGAAUGACGAACUCCGGCAAGCCGAAAUUACGUACACUGCCCGCUUCAAAGAAGCGGAACAAAUCCAGGAUCCUGCUCAAAGGCAGGUCAAGCUCGAGGGCCUUCAGAAUAGCUUCAGUACAAAGCAAAGUAUCAUACGAAAGAAGUAUGGAGUCCGCCUCCGAAACCGACGCACAAGAGCCGAGAUUGAUAAUGAACGACAACGAAUGGGGUGGAAGUAUAACGCCAUGAAUAAUCCAGACGAUACGCCGAGCGCCAAACGUCGACGAACUGACGAUGGUUCUGGCUAUGUUAGCGCACAAACUUCCAACGACGACCCCAUUCUCACCCUCGUCAAUGCCUUUAACGUUGCUGAUACUCCCGCCAACGGUGACCUAGAGCAUAAAAGCAAACAUUUACCCGCCCCGGACAUGAAUGCGGGCUUAGGCGGAUCCAGCGCAACAGCGGCUACAGCCGACCCUACAUUAGCGAAACGUUCAUCCGCCUCCCCGCCAUCGCAACUUUCACAAGUCCAAGAGCUCGCCCAAAACAGCCUCUCGUCUCUUCAAAAGAAAGGUUAUCGCGUCUCGUCCCACAUCCCACACCCAAACCAGGCCUCUCCGGAAGACACUACUAUGGAGGAAUCGACGCCUACUCAACGAAGCAACUCGGCCUCGGCACCCAUCCUCGUGAAAGACGACGACUCUUCUUCGGACUCCGAAUCCGACGGGGAUAUCCCCGCGAGCGUACCGCCCGCCCGCCCAGUUAGUACAUCGGCUCAGGGGCUCGCAGGCUAGUAUCAGCAGUACCCCCCAACCGACGUGAAAGCUGCCGGCGAUGCAGGCAUCUAGACGCUUACACUUAGCGCGUCACUUACCCUUCUAAAUAUGUCUUUUUAUAAAUAUAUUCUAUGUAUGAACAUGGUCAUCUACAGUCCGCAUUGGAUCACAUUACUACCACCUUCACCAUUUGGAGUUUUCAAACCCCACCCUAUUUUUUCCCUUCUUUUUCUUCGCAGGACAGAUUAUAUUCUUUCAACGAGCCGACGAGAUUUAAUCCACGAAGAUUACCAGGCACGGCGGUAUAAAAAAGGGAACGGGGGUUGGCAAAUAAGGACGUCUAGAGCCCAGUGCGUCUCUGGACGCGCGCGCGCGUGUAUUAUCGAAUUCUUGGGGACGGGACGUAUUCGACGAGUCAGUUGGGUCUGCGGACUCGUAAAGGGGGAUGGAUGGUGGUGUUAAUGGGUACGGUACCUAGUUUAGAGAAAAAAAAAUCAAAGCAGUGCUGGUCUGCGAGUAGCAAGCAAGUUUAGUUGAUACCUAAUAGAAUGCACAAGUUUAAUUGUU